CGAAAACAGACCGCGUCUCUGCAGCCAAUGAGGAUACGUUGCUGAAGUCACCAGCCCAAUAAGAAACCUCCACGUGGGCACAUCGACGUUGCUUUGCGCUUGAAAUCCCCCGAGAAAAUACUUCGCCGUUUGGUCGUUGAAGGUGUAGUAACAUUUUUGCCCCCAUAGUUCACCCUUCUCAGACCUUCAAUCUGCGGUAUACUCCUACCAUUGCCACUUGCUCAGUCCCCUUCGAUAUUCUCGUAGCAGAAGAUCGCCGAGGAAUCGAAGAGAGAGGAUCACCGGAUCUUCGGUGACCGGCGGCGGCAGAAUGGAGGCACACAACGCCGGGCUCCGCCGCGUGAUUCUGUUGGCGUUCUGCAUCGCCGGGAUCUGGGCGGCUUAUAUAUACCAAGGAGUGGUUCAGGAGACUCUGUCGACCAAGCGCUUUGGUCCUGAUGGGGAGCGGUUUGAGCAUCUGGCGUUUCUUAAUCUGGCACAGAGUGUCGUCUGCUUGAUUUGGUCCUUCAUGAUGAUAAAGAUGUGGUCUAGAAGCAGCGGUGGUGGUGCGCCCUGGUGGUCAUACUGGAGCGCUGGCAUUACUAAUACGAUUGGGCCAGCUAUGGGAAUUGAAGCCUUGAAGUACAUCAGUUAUCCAGCUCAGGCAUGUUUCGAUUUCUCUGUUCCCAAAAAGUUAGUGACUGUUACUGGGUUUGGAGCUGGGCUACUUGGACAGAACAUGGGGGAAAUGAUAAGCUAUUCUAGAAUGGUGUUGGAAAUGCUUUGUGAUUCAUCCCUUAAGGCUACUGCUUUUUUGCAUUGGAACAUAGAGUUUAGGAAUGAGAAGAUGAAGUGGAUUAACUUAAUGGUUUCACAACCAUUGCUUUGUAUUUACGUGGUCUUCAUGUUGGCUUACAUCAACUUCAUGGUCAUAGUUCUUGCAAAAUCAUCGAAAAUGAUUCCAGUUAUGUUGAUGGGGAGUCUAGUAUACGGCAUAAGAUACACACUUCCAGAGUACUUGUGUACUUUCCUCGUUGCAGGAGGUGUAUCUACAUUUGCACUUUUGAAGACUAACUCAAAAACCAUUAGCAAGCUAGCUCAUCCAAAUGCACCUCUUGGGUAUGGACUUUGCUUCUUGAAUCUUGCAUUUGAUGGAUUCACAAAUGCCACGCAGGAUUCACUUACAGCAAGGUAUCCGAAGACCACAGCAUGGGACAUAAUGUUGGGGAUGAACUUGUGGGGUACCAUUUACAACAUUGUCUACAUGUUUGGUUGGCCAUACGGCAUGGGGUAUGAUGCAGUGCAGUUCUGCAAGCAGCAUCCAGAGGCAGCAUGGGACAUCUUGUACUACUGCCUGUGUGGUGCAGUGGGCCAGAACUUCAUAUUCCUAACGAUAAGCCGAUUCGGAUCACUCGCGAACACCACCAUCACGACUACUCGCAAGUUCGUCAGCAUCGUGGUUUCUUCCGUACUAAGUGGCAACCCUCUUUCGACGAAGCAAUGGGGGUCGGUGGCCAUGGUCUUCUCUGGUCUAUCGUAUCAGAUCUUUCUCAAGUGGAGGAAGUUGCAGAAAGUGCAGAAGAAGAGAAAGAACAAUUGAUGCCAUUAGAAUUCUACAGUUUUGGAGAUCUACCUUCUUCUCUUCAAUUUUUCUUUUGUAACUUUGUUCUCACUGCCCUGUUAUAUUGUCAUUGUAGCUUCCAGGUUGGUACGAAAUGUAGAACCACAACUAGAUUACAGCCAAGUGUAACUGAAAUCGAAUACACUUCAUUGAUAUAGAGAAUUGAAGUAGCUCUGUUCUGGUAGCCUGUUCGUAGUGGUUUUAAUAUAUGGUGAAGAAGAUGCUUUUCACCAUCUGCAGUUAAAAAAGGCUGUAGAAAGAAACCCUGGCUACCACUUCUCUUUCCCCUUUUUGUUAUUGUCAUCAUAAUUUGCUAUGGUGGUGGAGACGUUUUUAACUUCAAAGAGCCACCGAAUAGCCAAUAGGCCA